UAAUAAUAUUAAUAAUAAUGAAAAUCAAAAUAGUACAUAGAGUGAAAUAGUUAAAAAGAGAAAUGAAAUAUUUAAGUCACUGUGAUAAAAAUGAGACACAAUUUUAGGUAGUGGGGUUGACGUACUUUUUAAGAUGCAAAAUUAAAACAUAGAAAACACAGACACACACUGUUUUAUACAUGAAUAUUGAGCAUGCGCUAAUAGAACUACAAGAGUGGCUUUAAAACAUUUUAUACUUGUGAGUGACAAACUAGUUUUCAUUAAAGUUUUUUUCAAGUUUUUAUUUAUUUAUUUUCAUUUUCAAAUAUAUAUAUUUUUCAAUAGUACUUGUUUUUUAUUUCACAUAUUUUAUGUGAAACUUUAAACACAGAACUAAAAGAAAGUAAAAGAAAAUAUGCGUAUUCAAAUUUUUCUACUUGUUUUUUGGUCCUGUGUUUAUUCAUCUGCAAAAAGAGUUACAUUAGGUGGAAUUUUUCCAGAAAAUGAUUUAACUGAAAAAGCAUUCAAUUUAGCAAUAAAAAAAGUCAAUAGAGAUCGUCAUGAUUCUGAAGAUUUGUCAAAUAUUUUUUUUGUCAAUGAAACUAUUCACGAUGAAGAUGUGUUUGAAAUUUCACAAAAUGUGUGUACAUUAUUGAGAAGUAGCAAUGUAGUAGCAUUAUUCGGACCACAAGAUAGAGCAUCAUCAGGUCAUGUGAAUAGUAUUUGUGAUACGAUGGAUGUGCCCAAUAUUGUUGCACGAUGGGAUUCUGACCUAGUUAGAAUGAAUGCAAUCAAUUUGUAUCCACAUGCAGAGUCUCUUUCAUUGAUUUAUUUGAAUAUUGUAACACAAUUUAAUUGGAAAUCAUUUACAAUUCUUUAUGAUAGUAUUGAUGGUUUAAUAAGAAUGAAUUAUUUAUUAAAAAAAUGGGACUCAAAAGGUUAUCCAGUAACACUAAGACAUCUUGGUAAUACUGGAAAUUAUCGUGGUGUUUUAAAACGUGUUAAAAAUUCUGGUGAAGAAAAUAUUGUUAUUGAUUGUUCAUUAAAAAUAUUAGAUGAUGUACUUAAACAAGCACUGCAAGUUGGUAUACUAUCAGAUCGACACAAAGUUAUUGUUAAUUCAUUGGAUCUACAAACUUUGGAUCUUGAGCCAUAUCAAUAUACAGGUGCAAAUUUUACUGGUGUACGAAUUUUAAAUCCUGAUGAACAAGAUCCUGCAUUGAUAUUUGAUCAUGAACUUGCUGAAAUGGGCCUUGAAGAUUUAUCAAAGCUACCAUUAGAAGCAGCACUUAUGUUUGAUGCUGUAUAUAUAUUUGCAAGAGCAUUUAAAAGAUUCAAAGAUGCUGUUAAAGGAGAUGCUAGAACUCUUGAUUGUACUGCACUUGAUAGUUGGGAACAUGGUACUAGUUUAAGUAAUUUUAUACGUGAUAUUGAAAUAAAAGGAUUAACUGGUUUAAUCAAGUUUCAUACAAAUGGUUUUCGUAGUGAUUUUCAACUUGAUAUUGUUAAACUUGAUGAAAAUGGUAUAGGUUUACUUGGAAUUUGGAACAGUACUUCCAAUGAAAUUGAAUGGGCCAAGUCACAAGAAACAGCUAUUACUGAAGGGGAAAUGGACAUGGCUAAUCAAACUUUUAAAGUUUUAAUUGCAUUGGCUGAUCCUUAUAAUAUGCUUAAAGAAUCAUCUACCAAAAGAACUGGCAAUGAUAGAUAUGAGGGUUUCGCAAUUGAUAUCAUUCAAGAAUUAAGUAAAAUUUUACAUUUUAAUUAUACAUUUGAAGAGGGUGAAAAAAGUUAUGGAAAUGAAGAUCCAAAAACUGGUAAAUGGGAUGGAUUGAUUGGACAACUAAUGAGAUUCGAAGGUGAUCUUGCAAUAACAGAUUUGACAAUAACAGCAGAACGUGAAAAAGCAGUUGAUUUCACAAUGCCAUUCAUGAAUUUGGGAAUAAGUAUAUUAUACAAAAAACCAACUAAAAAACCACCAAGUUUAUUUUCAUUUGUAUCACCAUUUUCUGAAGAUGUAUGGAUAAGUUUAUUUAUAACAUUUACACUUGUAUCAUUAUUAUUAUUUAUAAUUGGAAGAUUAUGCCCAGCAGAAUGGACAAAUCCAUAUCCAUGUAUUGAAGAGCCUGAAACACUACAAAACCAAUUGACAUUACAAAAUUCAUUUUGGUUUACAAUUGGUGCAUUUAUGCAACAAGGCUCUGAAAUUGCUCCAAUUGGAGCAUCAACAAGAAUGUUAGCUGGUUCAUGGUGGUUUUUUUGUUUAAUAUUGAUAAAUUCAUACACUGCUAAUCUUGCUGCAUUUUUAACUGUUGAAACAACUGAUAAACCAAUACAAAGUGCAGAUGAUCUUGCAACAAAGGGUGAUCAAGGACUAGUUAAAUACGGUGCUAAACGAGGUGGUGCAACUUUUAAUUUUUUCAAGGGUUCAAAUGAUUCAACGUAUAGAACAAUGUACAGAUAUAUGGAUACACACAAGGAACAUGUGAUGACUGAUGACAAUGAUAUGGGAAAAUCAAGAGUCAUAAAAGAAGAUGGUGGUUAUGCAUUUUUGAUGGAAUCAAGUUCAAUUGAAUAUAUUCAACAAAGAGAAUGUGGCUUGACGAUGAUUGGAGGAAUGUUAGAUCAAAAAGGCUACGGAAUUGCAAUGAGAAAAUAUUUUCCAUAUCGAAACAAGUUGAACACAGCUGUUCUUUAUUUACAAGAAACAGGUCUUCUUUCGCAGUUGAAAAAAAAAUGGUGGGAAGAAAAACGUGGUGGUGGUAAAUGUACAGAUGAUGCUGGUGGUGCAUCAGCUGGUGAAUUAACACUUGACAAUGUUGGUGGUGUUUUUCUUGUAUUGAGUAUUGGUUGUGCUGUAUCAUUGGCAUUAACAACAAUUGAAAUGUUAUGGGAUAUACUUUGGACAUCACACAAUGAUAAUUUACCAUUUAAAGAAGAAUUAAUUGAAGAAAUUAAAUUUGUUGCUAAGUGUAAAGGAACAGUUAAACCAGUUAGAAAUAGAAAAGAUUCAUCACGAAGUACUGGUCAAAGUACCAGAGAUGGUACACCACCUUAUGGUUUUGUGCCAAUUAUAACAACUACUCAUGAUAAUGAUUCAUGAUUUAAAUCAUAGUGUCAAGAAAUAAAAUAUCCUUGUGUCAAAAGAAUAAAAUCAUGCCACUGAUUCAAACAUAGUAUUGAAAACAAAAAAAAAAAGCUCACUUAAUUGAACGUACAGAUAUCCUUGUUUACUUUUUAUUCAAUAUAAUAAAUUUUUUUUAUGUUGGUUAACGUCUUUUUAUCAAGGACACAUUGAUAUAUUUUUUCUUGACACAAUAUAUUUUUUCUCACGUCAUUUGAAGAUAAAAAAUUAAAGCCCCAACAAUCUCAUUAAAAUUAUAUUUCAAGUAAAAAAAAAAAAAGGGAAAUAAUAAUUGUAAAUAUAAAAAACCAUGUUAAUUUAUUUAACGUGAGGUUAAUUAAUUAAUUUGUAAAUAAAAUUAUGUUGAUAAAAUCGGCUUGAGUGACAGAUACAUCAUUCUAAAUAAGAAAUAUUUUAAUAAUAAUAAGUAAUAUAUGAAAAAAAAAAUAGUAAUACAUGCACUUUGAAUGAUAUAUGUAUUUCAUGAUGUCCUCGAAAAUAAAUUCGUGCAAUAAACAACGACAUUUCUCAAUCGUAUAAUAUAUCGCGAGUAUUGCGGCGCCUGCGGGAGCAAACACAAAAACGACAUAAGAAAAAAGCAACCGAUAGAAAUCAUUUGACUUUGAAACAGUCUGUCCCUAACGGGCUCCAACCAACUCAGCCACAUAUGCAUGUGUUUUAUUGAACUUUUUUUUUUUCUCAUUUAUUAUAUGUAUACCUAUGAAAAUUUUAAAUCACAUGGUGCAUUAAUUUGACCUUGAUUUUUAAGAGAAAAAAAAUUAUUAAAAAUAAAUAUUUUGUUGGCAACAAAACGUUUUGUGCAUUUAGACAUAUAAAUUAUAUAUUUAUGUGAAUUUGAUGUAAUCUGUAUAUCAAUUUUCCAUGUGGGUGGUUGAAUAAAAUUAUUUAUCACUGUA